UUUGCCAUUUGACCUGUCCUCUUUGAUUAUGAAACUUGACUGAAUUUUGCGCGUCGGUCUCUCUGCGUAGAAAAUAGACGCCACCACCUUUGCUGUUGCGGCUGUCCUUCAGAGCUUAUCUCGUUCCCACUUGUGAUAAUCCCAAAGCACAACUGACUCGAUCCACUUCCUCUCAAUUGUGAAGACUGUCGUGGCCCUUUCAAUUACUCAGCAAAGAAUAUUCACUUAUGAAUUUAUUACUUCCAGCUGUAAGCCUCAGUAUUUGUUUUCGUGAUCGGUAAAUUAGAUUGGUUUUUGUCUUCUUUUCUCACUACAAUCUGAAAGCACCUUUUCAUGGCAGACGUCCUUUUCAUCAACAACAACAACCGCAACGCAACAACAGCAACAAAAACAAGAACAAAAACAAAAACAAGAACAACAAGAACAACAACCGCAGCACAAAUAAGUAGCCGCGCAGAGUAGCCGUUUGGAAAGUGAGGUUUUAUGGACUGCGCGCGGCGAGCCAGCAGCACAGUUUAUGGCCCAAAAAUUUGCUUUUAGUAUCCCAAGAGGUUUUAUUGCCUCGCCACAUCUGUCUCGUUAGCAUUUAAGCUUAAUUACUAAAACACAACUCAACUCCCAACUCCCAUUCUUAAGCUGCUCCACACUUAAAUGGGCGCUGAAUCAAAUUUAUUGUUGAUUCAGUCUUUGUUCCGUUAUAAUUAGUUUACGAUUGGGAAGGGUUUUAAAAUUGGACUCAUGGUUGAAAAAUGGCACACUAACUGUUCACGUGCUUUUCUGUUUCACCAGACGCUAUUAAUGCGCUCCAUUAAGUGUAAUGUUGCUUAUUGCCCAAUGCAAUUACUGCAAAAGGUUUGCCCGUGGUGCUAAAAAUUAUUGCCCAAAAACUGAUUUGAUAACAAAAUUAUUUCACUCUAUUUGGAUUUGUUGACACUUUCGUGAACUCACACCUUUCGCCGCCCGUUUGCUUCUUUCCAAUUCUCAACUCACAAUUUAGUGAUAAUUCUAGAAGGAGAUCUGUUUCAUAAGUGUAAACAGAAGUCUCUUCUAGACUUAUCUUGUUUCUUUUUCCGCUCCAACACAUUUACAUUACCUUCUUAUGCUCUCAAGUUUUCCAAGAUUUAAGUAUUUAGUGAGAUAACAACCUGGUCUUCUCAAAACAUUGAUGAUUUCCCUGGACUGUCUUACAGUUCCCAAUUCAUAUGCCACAUUUGCUAAACAGGUGACCUUUAUCAGGUUUUCUCUCCUAAUAAUUUUGCUUGGUUUUAUUUAAUACCAUUACUUAUUUUAUCAUCAAUGUGAUUAGCUAAAAAGUGAGAAAAAACACGAAAAGCAAGUCUAUGCUGUUAUUGCUACCCAUUUUCACAAAGUAAUUUCUGUUAAUUAUCCUUUAAUUUUCAACAGGUUAAUCGUGUUCAGCUUUCCAUUCGGCGAGUUUCGUUAAAAUUAUCUUGGAAUUAAUUAUAUUCUGGACUUGCAGGAAUCAAUUCCGAACAAGUUUUGGCCUGUCUAUCUGAAAAAUAAAAUCAGGAAAAUACCUGCUCUCCACUCAGAAUGAAACAGAGAUUGCUCGUUCUGUUGUUUCUCGGAUUGAUAUGCGAACGAGCGACAGUUCUCGGCGCCAGCGACCACUCAUCACCCGAACUAGACGGCAACGAUGGCGGAUCUAGAGACGACUGCUGCUGCUGCUGCGGCCAACAGGCCAACUCCCCCCAAUGCACAGACAGUCAGAGCCAACAUCCAGUGUCAGACAUUCUGAGCAAACUGCUGGCCAAUUACGACCGCAGACUCCGACCACAAUACGGAGGGGACCCUGUUGCAGUUAAUGUGACUAUGAACAUAGACAGCAUUGGACCCAUAUCAGAAGUGAACAUGAACUUCCGUCUGGACAUAUCGUUCCGGCAGUACUGGAAAGACGGACGGCUCUCUUUCAACUACAGUGAGCCAGUGACUGUGAACAGCCAGUUCCUGGAUGAGAUCUGGCAGCCGGACACCUACUUCCCGGACAGCUACGAGAGCCAGAGACAGACUGUGAUGGUGCCGAACAUACUACUCAGAAUACACCCAGACGGACUAGUGCUGUACAGCGCCAGUACACUACGAAAGAUCUGCAGCUGAAGUGGAAGAUGGACCCUGUGACGAAGUCCAACAAGAACGCGGUGGAGUAUGACCCCAAAAAACUGCAGCUGGCUCAGUUCAAACUCAUCAACGUCGUCACUAGACAGUUCAACCUACAGUUCUCCACAGGUGAGUUCUCAGACCUCGAAGUGGUGUUCUACCUGAAGAGAGACCUCAUCUACUUCAUCAUCCAGACUUACAUCCCUGCCACCCUCAUUGUGCUGCUGUCUUGGGUCAACUUCUACGUCAACAGACACUCAGUGCCCGCCAGAGCCUCGUUGGCGAUCACGACAGUGCUGACCAUGAUCACGUUGAUGGGAGCGACCAACUCCAAUCUUCCGAAGGUAUCCAGCAUCAAGGCACUCGACAUCUACUUCGGAAUCUGUUUCUUAUACGUGUUCGGAGCACUGGUCGAGUUCGCCCUUGUCUGUUAUUUUAAUAAGCCCAGAUAUACUAGUACGAAAAUGACAUCUAUGGAGCCUCGCCACUUGAAGGGCAAAUUGGGUCAUGGUCAGUACUUCGACUAUGGAGACGGGCCAGUGCAUGACAGUGCUGUGGUUGGAAUUCCUUGGAGAUUAAAUUCUCAAAUGAACUCAAAUGGGAUCCUAACAUCGCCUGGUGAGUACGGGUUCACGCAAGGCGCCUCAAGCCACAUGAACGACCCAAGAGAAACGCAAGCAUUCCUACCUCUAAACAUUACUCAGAACCCGUCUGCUGGUCUAAGCAAUCACUACGAAAACCACAGCACUUCUUUCUUGCCCCAAAAUCUCAACAAUUCCAACGCAACUGUUUUGUCAAACUCUCACAAUAAGAACUCACAGCUUCAAGACUCAAAAAUUGUCUCGAAAAGUGGGUCUCCGAAACGAGGCUGCGACUUGGAACCGGGCAACUCGCCCUCGCCGCAAUUAGUGGAAGACACAAGUUCAACGUUAAAUAAGAAGCAGCGGCGUCGGGUGCGUCGGAAGCCUGUGAACAAACCGAUAGAUGUGAGCAAGAUAGAUUUGUACUCACGCAUCAUGUUUCCACUCACCUACAUCAUGAUCUGUAUCAUUUACUGGAUGGUCUACAUCGGAGUCACGGGACUCACGCAGAACAGCUUCGAACAGGAGGACCAGGCGGCCAACGACGCCAACAACGAACAAGAGCAGGCCGCCUCCUGAUUAUAAUCCUACAAUCGCUUAUUUAAUAAUUAACAAAAUCAACCAACUAGUUGAUUAAUUAAGGAAGCAGUUCAAUAAUUCAUUGGUUGAUUGAAUACUGAGGUCAGUUUCACUUGGUUGAAUUUUAAUACCCAACCGCGUGGCUUGUAAAUAAGGGCUCUUUAUAAGCAUAAGUUCCAAUCAAAAUUCAUCAAUACUUUCAACUUUUGGUGCUGUUUUGUUUUGUUUAACGAGAGAAAAACUUUUUCGCACGAUGCUUC